CUGUGGUGCCGUGUCUGCCUGCGCAGCGCCUGCGAGUGAAACGCAGCGGCUACAGCGUGCGCGGCUCCGGGUAAUGAUGUGCUAAGCCUGCCUCCUCAUUCAUACCCCCACAACCCAACCAAAAACAUCAAACAACACUCCCGUUGCGAGCUAUUCUCCCUGUUUUCAUCGUUGCUACGCAACUCCGCUGGAAACAAAAACGGUUUAAUGAAAGAGAAAGAGAAGAAGCACCUCACGAUUGUUUUUAUUUUCAUCCCAUUCUGAAUGACGGGCGGACGGUUCGACUUCGACGAUGGUGGCACUUAUUGCGGCGGAUGGGAGGACGGCAAAGCCCACGGACACGGCAUCUGCACGGGACCCAAGGGUCAGGGCGAGUAUGCCGGGUCCUGGUCCCACGGCUUUGAGAUAGUGGGGGUUUACACCUGGCCCAGCGGGAACACGUACCAGGGCUACUGGUCGCAGGGUAAACGGCACGGGCUGGGAGUCGAGACCAAGGGAAAAUGGAUGUAUCGUGGGGAGUGGAGUCACGGGUUCAAGGGUCGCUAUGGGGUCCGGCAGAGCACCAAUACACCUGCCAGAUACGAUGGGACGUGGAGUAAUGGAUUGCAGGAUGGCUAUGGGGUCGAAACGUAUGGGGAUGGUGGCACUUAUCAAGGCCAGUGGAUGGGGGGCAUGAGGCACGGUUAUGGGGUUCGCCAAAGCGUGCCUUAUGGAAUUGCAACUGUUAUUCGUUCUCCUCUUCGCACCUCUCUGGCCUCCUUGAGAAGCAAUGGCACCGUGCAGAGCAAUGGCACCGUUCUGCAAGAUUCUGUGGGAGACACACCGGUUGGCACUCGGGGCGGUUUCGUGUUGAAUUUUCACAACGAUACUGAAGUCACCACGGGCAAGAAGAAGGGCCUGUUUCGCCGCGGGUCUCUCUUUGGCAGCCUUCGCCAGCUCCGUAAAUCCGACUCCAAGACGUCCAUCUCUAGCAAACAGAGUGCUGCCCGGAGCGACGCCACCAUGAGCCGCAUCAGCUCCAGCGAUGCCAACUCCACCAUCAGCUAUGGGGAUGGAGAGGUGCACGAUGAGUACAUGCCCAUGGAGGACCACGUGGACGCCACCACCACUGAGUCCUACAUGGGCGAGUGGAAGAAUGACAAACGCAAUGGUUUUGGAGUCAGUGAGCGAUCCAAUGGGUUGAAGUAUGAAGGGGAAUGGUUGAACAACAAAAGGAAUGGAUACGGAUGCACGAUAUUCCCGGAUGGAACCAAAGAAGAGGGGAAGUAUAAAAAUAACGUACUGGUGCGUGGAAUAAGGAAGCAGCUUAUUCCUCUUAAAAGUCAUAAAACUAAAGAAAAAGUGGACAGGGCCGUGGAGGGAGCUCGAAGGGCGUCAGCUAUCGCCAGGACUAAAGUGGAAAUAGCAGUUUCAAGGACGACCCACGCCAGAACAAAGAGUGAAUCAGCAGACCAAGCCGCACUUGCAGCAUGUCAAGAAUCGGACCUGGCCAGAGCCGUUGCUCGAGAAUUAUCUCCAGGUUUCUAUCAACCAGGUCUUGACUAUAUCAAACAGAAGUUCACAGAGCCAGUAGAGGAGAUUAAGGAGGAACCGCCAAAGGAGGAGGAGAAGGAUGAGAAGGAGGAGGAGAAGAAACCGUCCGGCAGCCCUUUCUAUCGGCGUGGCACGACUCCCUCUCACUCUCCCGCUCGGGGCAAAACCCCAUCACCUCCUUCCUCCCCCCAAAAGAGCCAGCCGGCCAACUCCAGCAUCACACGGAAGAUAAGCAAAGACAACAGCGUCCCAACCAGAAAGAUAAGUAAAGACAACAGCGUCCCAACCAGAAAGAUAAGCAAAGACAGUAGCAGUGUAGCUCGCAAGAUAAGCAAAGAAGAGAGAAACACGAUCGUGGCGGAGAUCGCCAAAGUGACCGCGCCUGCUCCUGUACAGCACUUCAAACUGCAGGACGUUCCCCCGCCAAAGCCCCCCAAGGCACCUGAGCCCGUGUCCAGAUCUGGACAAACGGGUAAUGGGCAGCUACAUGCUGCUUAUCACAGUUACUAUGUGAAACCAGUGGUACAGAAACCUCCUCCAGAGGAACCAGAAGAUGAAGAGCCUGAGAUGACACAAUCCAGCCUGGCCAGGAUGCCACCGCCGCCUAAAAUGGUCAUGACACCAACUCCCAAAAUCAGGAAACAAGAAUCUAUCAAACCAAAGAGCUUAGCAGAAAUCAAGAAAGCCAGCAUGGAUGACGCCAACGAAACAUCAGAGCAAGAAUCCGGCCCCAACCCGAUUUUGGUCGUCAUGGUAAUGCUUUUGAAUAUUGGAUUGGCAAUCAUUUUUGUCCAUUUCUUGACCUGAAAGAGUGCUAUCUCUGUGUUGUUGGCUGGCAACCCACACAGUUGUGUCAAUGACCUUUAUGAAAUCCACAUGGCACCAGAGAAUCUCCAGAAGGGCGGCGAGAUCUGAAGGAGUUCGAAACGCACGGCAUCAUCCUUGAAAACGACCUAGUCAAAUGUCAUGUGGCUCUGAAAAAAGCUUAAAAAAAGGGGAAAAUGUUUUGGAGAAAAAACUACCAUAAAAACGGGAAAAAAGAAAGCUUCAUAACGUGACUGCUGAUGGAAAGCCUUAAUAUCUGAUGUGUGAAGCCGUUCCAUGGGUCUCUGGCUUUUGGCAGAGACUUUACUGGAAAUGUUUGAUGAUGCACUUUUGCAUGAUGGGCAAGAACAGCUGCCUUACUCUUUUACCAUCUGACGUGUGAGUGGGAAAUGCGCUCGCAGUGCCAGAGGAAUGCGUACAGGGGACUUUGUUGCAAUGGGCAGGCGUAAGUUCCUGAAACCAGCGUCUCCAAUCUCACUCGCUCGCGCCCUUUCCCAACCCACCGCAGUUUCUUCUACGCAUGUGCUGCGUUUUUGAUGGAGGCUACCAGUACUGUAUUGGUCAUGUUUGUUCUCGUAUACUGUUUUUCUUUCCUUUUAUGUUCGUAUGAAUCAAAAUAGUGUUUGAACUAAAUCAAAUCAAAGUAUACCUUUCACAAGUCCCACUUAUUUGUGGGUUUUUGGUAUCACGGUAGUGUUUUAAAAAUAAUUUAUAUUUAUUUAUAAUGUGCAAUAUGGUUUAUUUUAAUAUUUUUCCAAUGAGGGGCUUCAGUCCUUUUUAUUCUGGUAUUCGAUAGAAGAUUAAAAUUAAGAGUGGGAUAUCUAAUUUCCCACGAUGCAAUGAGCUCGCCCACCCUGAUUAUGGCUAAACUGAAAAAGUCUUAUGAAGUGUGCUAUUUAUUGAAUUCUGGGAACUAUUUGUUGUGUUAAUGUAAAUUAGGAAUAUGCCAUUGUGCAUGCAAUGUUGUGAAAGAGUUAUUGUGCUUCAAAUGUCAGGUAUUUGACAUGUGAUAGCAGGUGAGAAAUUUUAAGUAAAAAAACAAGGCUUAGGGCUUGCUUGCAUGUUUGUGACCUUGAAUACUUUGGCUGUCAAAAGACUAAAUACGUUCAGGUAGCGCUACAGUUGGGGUGGUGCUAGAGGAAGUAGGAUGUUGCCUUUAAAAAAAUGUCUUUAACCGUGCUUCUGUUUACCUCAAAAGAAAAAAGAAAAAGCCUCAUUAGAGAUGAAGUCUUUGUCUUAAAUCUGUCAUAUGCAAAUUCUGAUCUGGGAAUUGAUUUUAAAUGUGCCACUAUAUUAUAAGUGUUUAUAGUCCUGAUGACUUUAUUUUUAUUUGUUCAUAUUUAUGUCAAUUUUCCCUCUUGAGAAAGUUAAUUAUAAAAGAUUUAUAUAUUUAUUAUAUAUCGAAUUAUAGAUAUGUGACUCUGCCUGUGAAUCCGCAGCUAAAGCCAUUUUUUAUGUUUCUACAUAAAAUCUAUCCACAUAAGGUAAAGGACAUAUAAUAUCUUUAAUAUUGACUGAGUAAAGUCAAAGGUCAAAGAUUGAAAUCAAUGUGAACUAGAUUUGGAGACUUUAGCCUGGAUUUUACAGACAGAGUCACAUAUAGUUUCUAGUGUUUGGUGAGUGUAAAAGGGCUUUGGAAAAUUCUGCAUUAAAUUUUUAAUUUGGUUUCUCUUUAUCAAACCCUCAUUUAUUUCUCGCUUUUAGUUGUUGUUUGCAUGGGGUCUUGGGUGAAAAGCACCAACGCCUGUUGAUAUUAAAUUCAGACUUAGAGGUAAAAAUUUGUGCAGGGAAAUUAAAUAAAUCUUAAAGAAAAAAUUAUUUAAAUGUUUAUUUAGGCUUUUUUAUUCUUCAUUCGGUGAACUUUUGGCAUCUUCAGGCAUCUGUGUUUUAUAUUGGGCAUUUAUCAAAAACAAUGAUGGGCUCUUUUUAUAUACUUUCCAAAGGAGUGUUAUAUGCUUACAGUACAGAACAAGGAAUUAUUUUUCUAAAACAAAUGUUGCAGAGGCAAAAAAAGCAUUUAUAUAUUAAAGGUUUAUUGUAUUUAUAAGCAUUUUUACAGAACACAGCCAUUACAAUAAAGAAUUCUGUGAUAUUUUUCUAUGGAAAUGCACAAUUGUAUUUUGUCAAAAGCAGUAUAGAUCCUUUAUAUUAAGCAUUGUAUCACCCACAUCAAAAUUAUGACGUAUAUUUGAUUCAGUAUCAUUUCAAAUGUGGACAAUUUUUUUGUUUGUUUGUUUAGCUUUUGAACCCUUCCAUGCAAAAAUUCCCUCUAUUUUGGAGAUUUCGAGCCCACAGAGCCCCACAUAUUUCUGUCAUUUGAAAUAUUAUGGUAUUUAUCUGUACAAUAAAAAUGUUAUGACUUGUAAGUCUGCUCUUUA